ACGCUGUGAGAAGUACGGUGGCCGGCAGGCUGAAACGCGCUGGUAGUGCGGGGAGCUGCAGCCAUGGAGGGGGUCACCGUCGGCCAGGUGUUUGACGCGGAGUGUAUCCUCAGUAAGCGGCCCAGGAAGGGAAAGUUCGAGUACCUGGUGAAGUGGAGAGGAUGGUCCUCCAAGCACAACAGCUGGGAGCCCGAGGAGAACAUUCUGGACCCCCGGCUGCUGGCAGCCUUUCACAAGAGAGAACAGGAGCGCGAGCUUCUGUUUCAGAAGAAGGGAAAGAGGCCGAGAGGACGACCUCGAAAGAUUCAGCCAGCGCCCACCGUCACGAAGGACGACCGCUCCUCGUCCUCCUCUUCCUCUGGUCUGUCAUCAACCGCCUCCUCGUCUUCCUCAGAGGAUGAAGAGCACACAAAGAAGGUGAAGCCCGCCCCCCGCGUCCACCCCGUCCCUCAGAAGAGGCCUCAGAUCCUGCUCGCCAAACCUGACACCCCCCGAAAGAAGAAGCGAGGGAGGAAGCCACUGCACCCCGACCUGAGGGCUCUAAGGCAGGCAAAGAGCCGCCCUCCCCCGCCGCCUUCUCCACCCGGUCCACGCCACCACCAGCUGCCCAGAGACGAGCCGCGGGCCAGCGUGAAGAAGCCACUGCAGCCGGCCAGCUUCACCUACACCGGCCUGAGCCGGAGCUCCAGAGAGGAGGCCGGCUCCGCCUCCCAGACCUCCUCCGCCUCCUUCUCCCAGGCCUCCAAACCCGGUGGGCUCGGCUGCAUUUGGACCAAUCGCUCGCUCUCAACCUCCUCCCUGUCCUCCAGCUCCGCCUCCCAAAACAAAGCCACGCCCACCGCACAGAAUAAGAACUCUCUGUCAGAGCUGAAGCGCUCUGUCCCGGAGAUCGGCAGAGGAGACGGCUUUAAGGUAAUGCCUCUGAAGCAGGGCGGAGCCUCUGGGUCGCUGGGACUGCACAGCAGCUUUGGAGGAGGCGCAGUGGUGCAGCGCCCCCUGCUGGCUCAGAGGAGGCAGGAUGGCAGCGGUGGUCAGAGCGGGGUGGCUCCACACAAGCAGCUGAGCACGAGUUUGUCCAAACCGCCAUCGUCAGCAUCGCCGUCGCCCCGAGACAGAGCCAGCCAGGCGCUGAGCCUCCGCGCCCUUAACCUGCAGAGCGUCGGCAAACUGCCGCCCAUGAGCGGCCUUCAGGGAAGCAACACUAGCGGGGUGGCGGUAGCAAGAGCGAACCCACGGAGUAGUGGCAGUGGGAUGGUCGUAAAAGGAGGAGCGAAAGAUGCUCGCACUGGAGGCGGAGCUACAGAGCAGGGCAUGACGAAGGACAAACUGACGGGUGGUGGCGCUGCUCGAGGGAAUAGUGGCGGGAGGCAGGACGGCCGUAAACACGCGCUUGGCUCUCAAAACAGGAACCUGAACGAGCUCAGCACCGGCGACUCCGACGAGACUAGCACCAGCGAGUCAGAGACGGAAGACGCUCUGUUUCCUAGCAACAGCAGACCCAGCCUCGGCAACAACGCCACCGACUCUGACACGGAGACGGACUGGAGGCCGGCGCGGAGCCUCCUGGAACACGUCUUCGUCACAGACGUCACAGCCAACUUCAUCACGGUGACGGUGAAGGAGUCGCCAACCAGCGUGGGCUUUUUCAGCUCCCGGAACCACUGAGCCGGGCGCUCUGCUCGCUUCCUAAAACAGCUCAGGGUUCCUACACCUCUCUGGAAAUCCAACACUCAGUCAUUCCCGGCGCCUCCAGGGCGACCCUUCGGUUCCAAGAAACAAAAACACGGUGGAGAGAUCGGAUCGAGCAGGAAGCUCCUCACAGUCGGCAGUAGGAACCCUGACGUUCAGACCCCGUUCACACCUGAGAUCAGGCUGCAGUCUGCAGACCUUUAACCUGCAAACAGGUCACCUUCACAGGGUCAGAGGUCAGGCGACUUUCAUACCUUUUUAGACCUUCCUGUUAGGACGGAAAAUGUAUUUAAAAAAAAAAAAAAAAGUCAAUAUAACAAAAUGUGCCCUUCCUCUGAGAUGUAAUACACUACGACUGCCAGGAGGGGGCGCUAAUGUAUGGGCUCAGAUUAUGCUCAUAAAUAUUGUGAGCCGUCUGAUUGACAAAUACAGUUUUAAACUAAACUAUCUGAAAAUGUUACGUUUUUUGUAUCUAAAGAUGAGAAUUUGUGCUUGUAAAGAUAAUUACGAUUAUGCUGUCCUCCAUCUUUAAAAUGUAUAGAGAUUGACAGACCACGUGACUUUCGCGCAUUGCAUGUCGGGAACCCGUGGCAAAACAAUCCAAGUACCGCAUCAAAUGCAAGCAUUUGCAGCACCGCAAAACGUUCAUUCUCCGGUUCCAAUACCUUCUUGCUUUUUCUUUGCCCCCCAAAAAAGGUAUUUACAAAACGAAGGAGAACAAUGCCGGUCCGUACAAAGACAGACUCGACUAAAAGUCAAAGAAAAGAUACGAGGAAAAAAUCAAAGGAGUGAAAGGGUUAGUAGUGGAAAUAAUUUCUGGUAGGCAUUACAGAAAUGUAGCAGUGACAAUAAUAUUGUAUGUUGUAAUCGUACUGGGCAAUUAGUGAUACAAAACAACUGUUUUAUCCUGUGAAUAAAAGUAUAUGUUUUUGUCAAUGUACCGUGGUAAUAACAGAAGCGAAACGCAAUAUUGUGUCAGGACAAUUCACUAUUUAUGCACAAUAAACAAAGGAGCAUAGCGCGACCAUUUCUGUUCAGCGCCAGACUUGCUUGUAACCUAUAUCACCAAUUAUGUUAUGAAAAAUGACGUAUUAACUACUACAAAACACUGACCUUUGUGGGAAUGCUUGGAGCAGACUAACAUGUGAGCUGGAGUGUUCUGGGACGUUAUAUUUGGUAUAUCCAGACCAUCCGUCGGCUCUUUGUUACUUCGGAAACAUGGCUCGAACAAUUCCUCUUCCAUGACGUAAUCCGAUAAAAACCGAUCUCUUUACCCGUCGGCUUCCCGUGGCUGUCAUGCGACCGGCUAUUGCAGUUAAUAAUACAACAGCUUCUUGCCAUUUUUUGUGUUUCUUUUUAUCGCUGUGUAACUGAUUUCAAUUGAAAGCCUGGGUGCGCUAGUACCUCUUGCCACGAGUUCCCAGAAUCCUUUGCGGUUUUACCCCUGAAAGACGUCACAUUUUCAAUCUCUAUUACCCUUCCAGGACCUGAAGCUCAGUCAAGCUCCACUCUGACAGCCAAACCAUCUGUUCUCUGAUUGGAUUGUUAAAUUUGUGAUUGACGUGACAUUGACCAAUCAGCUGAAAGGAAGAAAAAUUGGGUCAAAAUUUGUACUUGUAAGUUGAAACUGACAGCGUGAGGGAGCACAGUUUUACACUUUGGAUCUGUAACCUUAACAAAAAAAUGUGUAACCUGUGUAAAUAUUUUUUAGACGCACACAAAUUCUCAUCUAUAGAUGCACAAACAUAACAUUUCUUUAGAUAUUUUAGUUUACACAGUUCUAAAACUACAACUACUCAGAUUUACGAGUGCAAAAUAUUUACGAGCACAGUUUGACUCCACACUAAUGAACCUAACAGCUGAUUGCUGCCAUCGGCGAUGGAGGGAAAAGAAAAGUCUGUAUGUAUGUUUGAAGUAGCGUUCCUGCAGGAUCGUCCUCGCAGUUUAAAGUUUCGUCUGUACUGAGCACGCUCAGGUCGAGCAAACAAACAGCUGCUCAUUGUCUGCAUAUAAACACUCCCGGCGCCGCCUCACCUCUAAUUUCUCUCUGUCUUAAACACAGAGAGCGUCAGGUGUUUGUCAGGAAGGUGUUCAGGUGUGAAAGUAGGUCAGGCCGAGGCCCCACGCAGCUGAGACCAAACCAAAGUCAGGAUGAGGCUUCGAUGAUGUCGUAAAUAUGACAAGGAUGACAUGAACACAUUGAUUUCAUUGGCUAGAAGCCCCUCGAAGCUGGCGCAGGCUUCUGCACCCUCUGCUUCUGCUUAAAAAGGAAGUGACGUCCUUCUUGGAGCUUCCUGAUCCGCGGGGAUGACUCAAGCUUCCAUACAGACCAGCCAAAAAACCCUGAAAGACAGAAUUAUUGAUCCGAUUGUUUCUGAGCGACACGCCGCCCACAUCCACAGCUGCUGUCGCUGAACCUCGGACUGUCACAGCCAGCGGCUCUGUGUUGUCGGCGGUCGCUCAGCGCGAUGUGAAACCACGCCACUGUGAGUUGGUUUGUUUCUCGUCCGAAAAUACUUUUUGUUCAGUCGCCCAAUAAAAUGAUGAAAUCGUUCUUGAUCACAAAGUGAUGGAAACCGUCCGCUCGGGUUUUCUCACAUCGUUGAAGCGUCUCGGGUCGCGUCACGCAUGCGUUUUGGUGCUACGCCGCUUACAGCACAGUCCGACUAUUCUGGCGUCCUUCAGGAGGCUUUGCGUGCUCGCCUCCUCAGGUCUGCAGACUGCAGCUCUGAUGGGUGUCUAAAUGGGGUCUGGACUCACAGGUGGACGUAGACAGCGCCUCUCCGGUGCCUCAGGUUCCCCCCUCACAGCAGGACUGUUGGACCGCCGCUCGGCGGGAUUAGCUCCAGUAGGAUGUUUGUGUUUGUUCUUCUUCCAGGGCAGCAUGUUUAAAAAAAAGAAGUUUCCUCCAUCCGUCGUCUUUCAGUUCUCUUUGGACCAAAGGUGUUACGAAUGUGAACUGUCUCGUUCUCAGUGUGGUAUCGACAGUGUUUCUUGCACUACGUGCAGUAUAAGCUCAUGAGACAUCCCAUAAUCACUUCUAUAUAUGUACAUAUAUAUAUUUAGCAGUUUUGUACCAUUUGAAACCAUCGCCGUGUCUUUUGGAGGUGAAAUAUGUGUUAAUUUAUAUUUGUAAAUAUGUUUUUCAUGUGAUAUGUAAUGAUCUAUGCGGUGCUCAUUUUGGCUUUUAGCGUCACGUACCUGUAGCCUGAAAUAAAGCAGAAGCACCUGAAACUUCA